AUGGUUGCCAGCAACAGUUUUCGCUCUUACGUUUGGGAUCCAUGGUUGAUCAUUGCCCAGAUACUUUGUUUGAUUUCAACAUUUUAUAUUUUCUUGGGGUUAUGGAUGACGCUAAUGAACUUGAUACUUGGACAUCCGCGUACUCUAGAUGAAUUUUUCGUAUAUCAGGAAAUUGUAUUUUCAUCUGGUAAAGGACGCAUGAUUAUGAUUGCAUUUCUUAUUAAUUCUCUAACUUGUGCUGCUGGCUUAUGGGUUGUUGUUAGGAGAGCAAAACAGUGUUUAGAUUUUUCUGCAACGGUGUACUUUAUUCACUUUAUAUUUUGCUGUGCAUACGCUGGAUUCCCUCAAUCAUUAUCGUGGUGGAUAGUCAAUAUGAUUUGUUUAUCUGUCAUGGCAAUAACUGGAGAGUAUUUGUGUAUGAAAACUGAAUUAGCUGCUAUACCUGUGACUAUAGUAACAUCUAAUAAUACUAAUAUCAAUGAUAAGAGUAAUGUUAAUGAUUAA